CAAUGUCAGAGCUUUGUCCACCAUGGGCUUACUUCUUCGGAUUCGCAGGAGUGACUUCUGCCAUGGUUCUUUCCACCGUCGGAGCGGCAUAUGGAACGGCCAAAGCUGGGAUCGGAAUAGCUGGACUGGGUACAUUCAGACCUGAACUGAUCAUGAAGUCAUUGAUUCCAGUCGUGAUGUCAGGUAUCAUAGCGGUUUAUGGAUUGGUAGUAUCUGUCCUCAUAGCUGGUUCAAUAUCACCAUCUGAGACUUAUUCUCUAUUCGGGGGCUUCGUUCAUCUCGCCGCUGGAUUAUCAUGUGGGAUGACGGGUCUUGCUGCGGGUUACGCGAUAGGAAUAGUUGGUGAUGCUUGCGUUCGAGCGUAUGUGUACGAAUCCAGAGUAUUCGUAUCCAUGGUCCUCAUUCUCAUCUUUGCAGAGGUCAUAGGACUGUACGGAUUGAUAGUGGCUUUGAUACUGAACACCACUGUACCUGGUGAAGCGGUCUGCGGUUGACUCAUGUAUACUUGGUAUGUG